CCACUGUGGGAGACAUGAGUCUUAUGUAAUGAGGGUAGUGUUUACCUGGUCUAUCUCAAGUCACUUAUAACGCUGACGGGAUCAACUGGAGACAUUGACGAUUGAUCGGUGUGUCUCAUGGAUGUGGCCUGUGUGGUUGACUCGAUGUCCAUGCCCCGUCUCAUUGAUCACAGCUUAUUGAUACAGAUAGCUCAGUAUCCAAGUUAACACUGCAGCUGACACUUCCACAUCAGAUGUCACGGGCAUGGAGUGUGAUAUCAGCAUUCUGUGUGCGGCAGAUGCUCAGGCCUGGGCUGAGUUUAUACAGAAAAAGCUAUCAGAGGAGAAGUAUGGCUGCAUAGUGAGGGUAACAGUGGUACGGGUACAGGAUGGGCCCAUGGAGGAAGCUGUGACCAAGGCUCACAAGGCUGCUCAGGUACAGGCAGUGAUGCUGUCCCCAGACCUGGUGGAGCCUAUUGCACAGACACAUGACCCAGAACUACUGCCUGACUUUGGUCAACUGUUCCCCAAACAAUCCAAAUCAGUGGCUGUGUACUGUGGCUGUGAUGUGGAGGACUCCGUGGCUACAGAGGUGCUCUCCUGUUAUUUCAGGAACUUCCACAAGUGGGCCAAGUGUACUGCGGGGCAGCAGGAUGGGGAGGUGAACAAGGUGUUGGUUACUAUCAUACAGGUGUUAGAACAGGAGGUCAGCAAUGGUACAGACUCUGGUAUCCCAGAGGAGGACAUCUACGCUUUUCCUCCUGCGCCCCGUUCUGUGGGUGCCCAGCAGUUCAGAGUGUUUCCAGACCGGGUCAUGAUGGUGGGUGAAGAGAUGUUGAUAGUAUUUGAAGAAACUGCAGCCAAACCAGUUGCUAUCCAGUGUGAGGCUGACCUUUCACGAGAGGUCGUUGCUAAGGAGGAGAACAGUUGCACCUUCUCUUUCACUCUGCCACCAGAAUGGAAGAAAGAGGAAUCACAAGUGGAGCUAACAGUGUACUGUAAUGCAAUUCCUGUGGGUACGGCAACAGUACAGUUAGAGACCAAGUUGGAUGCAGUCUCCCGGCUGCUGAAAGAGGCAAUCAACCCUUUAGAGUUACUCGGUGCAGCCCUGGGUGCCCCAUGGGAUCCAGCUCUCAUGGAUCUCAAACUCAAACAAAUUUUACAGAGCAACUUCCCAGCUGGAAACUUUCAGGAUGUAUUUGAUGUGUCCAGUCAGAGACUGCCUCAAGGCAGAAGAAGUAACAAAGAAACCCCAACAAUUUUACAUUUUGCUGCAAAGUUUGGUUUGAAGGAGCUGUGUGCAGAGCUGUUGACAUGCCCUGGGGCAGCUCAAGCCUUUACAGUGGAAAAUGUCCAUGGACUACUGCCCAAUGAAAUUGCAGCUGCGCAGGGGCAUGAGGAGCUGGAAAAAUUCCUCACAGACUACAUGCAUACUGGUGUUCCGAUAGCCAUGGUGUACAACGAGAUGAUCUCAACAAAACAAAGUCAACCCAUGGAAGACAGCUCUCUUGGAGAGAGACCACCACCUCCUUGCCCUGGUGGAACCUACCCGGAUGCCCCUAACCAGGAAAAGAGCACCCAGAGUAUUUAUAUAGUAAUGGAUAGGAAUAGCACAGCAUCAAAUAGGACACAUGAUACAUCAACUUACAUGACCGCGUCUGAACUGCUCUCAACUAAUACCAACCCCCCAGAGUGUUCUACCCACACUGAGGCUGCCCCAUCUCCCCAUCUGGCCAUACUUUCACAGACCACCCUAAAGUCACAGAAAGCUAGCUCUAGUCCUUCUUCAUCCACUCAGUCCAUAUCUGAGGAUGGAGAUGUUACAGAUCUUCCCCGAUGUAAUUCUGACAGUGAUGACCACUCAACAUCCAGCCGAGCGAGUGGGUUGCAAGACGAGGUGAUGAGGUCAGCAGCUGUAGGGGAAAGCACCUCCCAAACACCUCAGCCAUUUUCACCUGCGCCACUACAAACAAAAAAAUUUUCCGUUGUGAACAUGACUGGUAUAAGCCAGAAGGACCAAGCCUUGAGAAACAUCCUUCAAUCUGCUGCUGAGGGCUCUGUGUCCAUGGAUGAAGCUAAGCAGCUAGUGACCAAAUGGGAUGAACAAUAUCGUAAAAGUCAGUCCACGUUUGACAGCAAAUGGAAUGCAAUCAAGGAAUUUAAAACUACAACUUUAGCAGACAGUGAUGAAACUACACCAGCUGUAGUUUCAGCUAGACCCAGGAAGAGCAGUUUUCUUUCAAAACUGUUCAAGAAAAAGACAAAGUCAACACCUGACCUAUCCGUCGAGUCCAAGUUCAAAACAAAAGCUAAGAAACCAGGGCGUUCUGGUAUAACCAGUGUGAUGACCCCUACCCCCCAGACCAAUGUGAUGACCCCCACAUCACCGACAUCCUCAGGUCCAGGAGUGAAGCUGAAAAAUGAGCUGACAGGUAUGUCUGCCGGUUCAGGUCUACAGAGAACUAAUUCAAUCCGCGUGUCACGUGCUAUGCAGGAUAAGGACAUUUCUAACCUGCCGGAUGUGCCAAGCAGAGCUUUGCGUCAUUCACGGUCUGAUCUGGAACCUGCCAAACCUAACAAGCCAACCAGACUGCCUCUCAUCAAAUCAAACAUAUCCACUGACGGUUUGAUUAGCAGGAAGAAUCCAAGGGAGGUGUCGUAUGGGGCAGGAUACGCAGCCAGUAGUCCAAGACAGAAUGUGAGCGUGGGUUUGUUAGGGGCACAGUUGUCGCCACGUUUACCAGAUCCCGACAGGGUGCCUUCAUCUAAGUGAACACCAAUAUCUAUACUAUCAUGAUGAGCUGUGUGUACAUCUUUUUCUUCAUGAAUAUCCUACACACAUGUAUUUUAGAGAUUUGAGAAAGUUUUUAGUCUUUCAGUUCAUUUGGCUUAACAUUGUGCAUAGGUAUGUAUAUAUAUAUAGGCUUAACAGCAUUUUGUAGGCAAAGCGUAUGCUUAAUAUUUGUUAGUAACACUACAACAGGUGGAGUGAUUAAUACAUGUUUGUAACGUUACACCAGAUGGAAUGGUUAAUACUUGUUAGUAAUGUUACAACAGGUGGAGUCAUUAAUACUUGUUAGUGAUGUUACCACAGGUGGAGUUGUUAAUACUUGUUUGUGAUGUUACAACAGGUGGAGUCAUUAAUACUAGUUAGUAACGUUACAACAGGUGAAGUCGUUAAUACUUGUUUGUGACGUUACAACAGAUGGAAUCAUUAAUACCUGUUAGUUAUGUUACAUGAGGUGGAGUUGUUAAUACUUGUUAGUGAUGUUACAACAGGUGGAGUGGUUAAUACUUGUUUGUGAUGUUACCACAGUUGAGUCAUUAAUACUUGUUAGGAUCAUUACAUCAGGUGGAGUGGUUAAUACUUGUUAGUAACGUUACAACAGGUGGAGUGGUUAAUACUUGUUAGUAACGUUACAACAGGUGGAGUGGUUAAUACUAGUUAGUAACGUUACAACAGGUGGAGUCGUUACUUGUUAAUACUUGUUAAUUCUGUCUUUCAUUGAUUUUGUCCAUGAAAUAUUCCGGGUUAGUGUGUAUAUGUCCAUGGCAUUCUACAUCUAGGUCUAACUGUGGAGGUUGAGCUGGCUCGACUUUGCAUGUGUAUGUGGUGCCCAGACAAUUGAUGUUUUUCCUUGGGUACAUGUACACGAUUUAUAUUUUGACAUGUGGUUUAGAUACAGAUAUAUAUGUGUAUAUUUUUAUAUUUUCACUACAUGUAAAUUUUACAUCUUGGUGAGAAAAUAGUGUGUGCACUAUUAAAGUUAAAAAGUAGAUUCUGUCAGCAUUAAUUUGCAGGUACAUAGUGCUUUCAUAUAUAUAGUAUUGCCUUAUAGAAGUACAGAUGUGGAAAACCUGGCAAUGGCAAUGGAGUACAUUUUCAGGCUAAUAACAGAUAAACCGAAGAAAAAUGCCACUUUUGUUCAGUGUUUUCUGUAUAGAAGAUUUGCGGAUCUUGACAUUUUGGUGUUUUCAUCUGGUCUGAUGUUUUCUAAAGUAAAUUGUGUCCAGUUGUAGCCAUUGUGUGUAAUGUGAGAUGGUUGAUGGCUGCUAAGUUACAGUGUCGCUGUCAUGAUAUCCACAUGUUCAUGUCAAUAAAAGGUCACCUUGUCAAUUUAUGUAUAUGUAUGCACGUGUAUUAUGAUACAGUCCCUAGUGUGCUCGCCUUGUAGAGGACAGAUUGCAUCUGCAGUGUUUGUUGUAGGCCUACAUGUAUUUGUUUGAUAUACAUGUACAUGUGCUUUUGUUUGAUCUUUUAUGUUUAAUCUUUCAUUGGUUGAGUCAAAUUAGACGAGCAAAGCAUAUCAUUUAUCACAGUUUUACUACAGAAUAGAUUUUUAAUAAAUUUUCUGUGUUGUAUUGUUUAAUUUGGCAUGUAGAAGUUUUGAUUGUAAUCCAUGCAUAUACCUGUGAUUCUGUGCUAAUCCUGAAUUAUCCUUAUUCCAACUUAUGCAUACACUCGUCAGAUUAAGGCCAUGAAAUCAUUUUAAUCCUGUUACUGCAAAUUACCCAAAACUCUGUCUCUGAGUUGCUCAUUCUUUUAGUUCUGAGAGUUCUAUUAAUCUUUAAGAGAAAAUAUUGUGGCUUUUGUUUGGAGUACAUGCAGGUUGAUGUCCUACUGGAAAACUGCAAUUGUCAGCACUAAAAGUUAUAUUUUAUGACAUUGACUUGCUUCUAAAAAUGCAUUUUGAAUGACAUUUUAGGUCAUUUACAGUAGAAAGCAAAUGUAUGAGACUGUUGUGUGAACAUGAAUCUUAUUACACUGGCUGUGCCCACUGUAAAACUUGCCUUAUGCUCAGUUAAUGUGCAGGAAGAGGGACAAGAGAUGCAUACGAUAUCUACCAGUAAUGUGGGCAAUGUGUAGAUUCUUGUUUGCAUACAUGUAUUUGUAUAUACUUUCUAAUCCUGGGCUUAAAACUAGGCAGGGAGUUGACUUCAUCCGGCCAUAGCCUGCCAUUGUUACACUGUACUUUAUCUGGUCAUAGCAUGCCAUUGUAUCACUGUUCUUCAACUGGCCUAUAGCAUGCCAUUGUAUCACUGUACUUUAUCUGGCCAUAGUAUGCCAUUGUAUCACUGUACUUCAUUCGGCCUAUAGCAUGCCAUUGUAUCACUGUACUUUAUCUGGCCAUAGCAUGCCAUUGUAUCACUGUACUUCAUUCGGCCUAUAGCAUGCCAUUGCAUCACUGUACUUCAUCCAGCAGAAUCAUGCCAUUGUCUUACUGUACUUCAUCCGGACUAUAGCAUGCCAUUGCAUCACUGUACUUCAUCCGACCGAAUCAUGCCAUUGUCUUACUGUACUUCAUCCAGACUAUAGCAUGCCAUUGUAUCACUGUACUUCAUCCGGCCAUAUGCCAUUGUCUCACUGUACUUCAUCUGCCAUAGCAUGCCAUUGUCUUACUGUACUUCAUUCGGCCUAUAGCAUGCCAUUGCAUCACUGUACUUCAUCCGGCCGAAUCAUGCCAUUGUCUUACUGUACUUCAUCCAGACUAUAGCAUGCCAUUGUCUCACUGUACUUCAUCCGGCCAUAUGCCAUUGUCUCACUGUACUUCAUCCGGCCAUGGCAUGCCAUUGUCUCACUGUACUUCAUCCGGCCAUAGCAUGCCAUUGUCUUACUGUACUUCAUUC